CCCAAGUCACAGUAAAUUGAACCACAAGUCCAGCACAAUUUAUACAAGCCAAAAUUAUUAAAUUUAAAUAUUUGAAUAUUUUCAUACAUUUGCAUUUACGUUCUCAGUAUUAAUCAACAUUACUAUGAACAGUGAAACUAAUAAACUUCCCGAUAACUGGAUGUUCUAUGCAGAUGUUGUAGCGAAGACCGAGUUUAAGUUAUACAACAUAAUGCCGGGGAUUAAUUUCCAGAAUCGAAUACAGUAUCACUGCCACAAAAGAAAGAUAGCCGGGUACAUAAUAUACUCCCCUGAUGGACAACGAGCUAUUGGGGUGAUGGAGGGCUUUCAAAAGAAUAUAAAUAGGAUAAAGGACUGGAUAUUGAGGCGAUGCAUUCCGGAACCCUUUCACCAUCGAGUCAUAUUCUCCUCCUACGAGAUGAGCUUUAAUCCGAACAAGGAGCUCUUCCAUGAAAAAUAUACUGUACCCAAGGGUGCCACAUUCCUGGGAGAUCUGUACGAAAGUUACUUUGACGAGUGCGAGUUGGAGUCUGAAGAGGAGUCCCAAGAAGAAGAAGACGAGGAUCCAAUAGAAUCACUUGGUGAAUAUGCCGGAUUCUUUACCGAAAACAGUGGCCUUGAUUGUGAUGAUACCACCUCUGAUACUACCAUGACGACCGAAAGUCUUAAUAAUGAUUAUGAUGGUGACGAAGAUACCACCACUGAAACCACUACGACCGACGAUGAUACCACCAUCGAAACCACAGAACCCGACGAGGAUUCCACCACUGAAACCACAGAGCCUCACUAUGAAACCUCCACCGAAUCCACAGAGCCUCACUAUGCAACCUCCACCGAAUCCACAGACCAUCACUAUGAAGCCACCACCGAAUCCACAGAGCCCGACGAUGAAACCACCACAGAACCCACUUCGUCCGACGAUGAUUCCAGCUACACAUUUCUCGCAGUGUAGAUGCGACUCGUGCUGGCCAUUGUUCAACACUAUUUGCGCUACUCAAUCUCUUAAUUAAAUAUGCGACUAACUGGCAGCUCGGAGGCACUCGAAGAGUGGCCCAGACAUCGUCGUUUAGUGUCGAAAUUGUGCAA